AUGGCUGAGAGCCAACGGCUCGUCCUGUCUACACCUGAGCUGCUCGAAUAUGUUCUCCUCUACCUUGAUGUCCAGUCCCUGCUGACAUCAGCCCAGCGAGUCUGCCGCUCCUGGACCAGGCUAAUUCAAACCUCUCCAAGGCUGCAGCAGGCCCUCUUCUUCAAGCCAAUUCCACCAGAGUGGUGCCCCGAAAAGUUAAUUAAUCCACUUCUAGCGCGACACUUCACAGGUCUCUUGCCUGCUUCCAUGGACCCAUAUGGUGUGAGAGACGGCAGCUUGAGGCACCCCUGGUCGAAGCAGAGUGACAGGUGCCAAAAGUUUUUCCGCCGCGAAGCUAGUUGGCGCCGAAUGUUGGUGCAGCAGCCCCCUGCAUCGCUUGCCUAUGUGGAAACUUCCCGUCCUCAUGGGGAUUUGAUCUAUAAGCGCUAUUAUCUCCCAUGCAAUGCCUCUCCAAUAACCCAUUUGACUGAUGAUCAGGUCCAGAUGGAUCUGAUAGGGCUACGGAUGAACAUGCUCUAUGACAUAGUUCUUGAGUCUUGUUUUGGAGCCUCACGCCGGCACUGGAUCUGCUGGGAGGGCCAUAUGCCUCCAAAGUUUCCUACGUACGUUUUAACAGAGCAGUUGACGCCAUUUGUGGAACGGGCAAUGCAGGAAGCCGCUGUAGUGGUCAUUGAUCAUUGGCGAAGAAACUGGGCUGCGAGUAGGUUUAUCUGUUGCCUAGAAGCAGAUGAAGCAGAUGAAGCAGAUUGUUUAGUCAGCCCUCAUACUGAUCCCACGCCACAUCUGCCUAUCAAGACACUGAACAGGGCUGGCUCGGACGUCAGCCGUGAUGACUUUGAUCCUCGAUCCAAUCGACUUUCUGCUCUUCGCGCCUUGCAGUAUCCCUAUCAGGACUGGGGUGUUAAUUCUAAUUCGACAUGGGUGUCUGGUCGUGCUUGCUUGGAGCUGCGAGAGGAGAAGUUCAUCCCCAGGGUAGACAGCGACGAUGAGGAAUGA